AGUCCCUCAAACGUCUUGCUGACAACUACUACUGUAACAAAUACAAGCGAUCAAUUCAAGCAUCAGCAUCAGGACUCAGUGUUCAUCAUUGUACUUCUGUAUUAUCCAAAGAAUCUCUUGAGAUUUUAAAUAAACACAAUGAAGGCUUUUUUAAAACAACUUUUAACAAAAUCAAAGACAAAAUCAGUCCGUCAUCUCAGCAGCAGGCCCCACAAGCCAGUACUGCUGGAAGAAGCAAUUAGAUAUCUGUCACCACAAAACGGCCACAACAUCAUAGAUAUGACAUUCGGUGCUGGGGGACAUACAGAAAGGAUUUUGCAAGAAAAUGAUACAACAGUUGUUUAUUGUUUGGACAGAGACCCAACAGCAUGUGCCAUGGCAAAACAACUUUCUGAACGUUAUCCAAACAGGGUGGUACCUUUAAAGGGAAAAUUUAGUGAUUUGCCAGUUUUGUUAAAAAAUUUAGGAUGCAAAAUGAAUAGCUUUGAUGGUAUUUUAUUUGAUUUUGGUGCUUCCUCUAUGCAAUUUGACACAGCUUCUAGAGGCUUUUCAAUUAGUAAGAAUGGCCCUUUGGAUAUGCGAAUGGAUCCCGAAGAACAGACAGUUACAGCAGCAGACGUGUUAGCCAAAGCUGAUCAAUCAGAUCUGUAUAAGAUAUUUAAAGUAUACGGAGAAGAAAAACACUCAAAAAAAAUUGCAAAUGCUGUGAUCGAAGCAAGGUAUUUAUUCAAACCAUUAAAAACUACGCGUGAUUUUUGUGAGCUUGUUCAAAAUGUUUGUGACAAUGAGAUGAGAAGCGAUAUGUUACAUAGACCAUCUCAUCCGGCCACUAAAGUGUUCCAAGCAUUACGCAUAUUUGUCAAUAACGAAUUGAACGAAAUCAACCAUAGCAUAGUGUUGGCAAGUCAUUAUUUGAAAAUGGGUGGAGUGAUGGUGACGGUUGCUUUUCAUUCCCUAGAAGAUACCAUAGUAAAACGACACAUUCAGGGUAAUAUCAAUGAAAACAUGGCUAACACUCUACCCUUGAAGUAUAUUAACCCAAUGCAGGCCUAUGAUAAGGAGUUUAUGAGUGUAGUAAAUGACACUUGUUGGCAUCAAAUCCACAAACAUGUAAUAACUCCAAGUGUUGAAGAGGUUGAAUCAAAUCCUAGAAGCAGAUCAGCACGUCUCAGGGCAGCUGUUCGAAUCAAAUAGUUUCUAUUAUAUCUAGUUUUUGUUAGAUUAUGUAUAAUUAUAUUUAUAUAUUUUUCUUAAAAUAUAAUCAUUUAAUUUACAUGCAA